CAUCAAUCUUCUGAUCUUUGAUGGGCACAAACUACAAAUACCGAAUCUCCACUCUUCUCCUAUCCAUUUCAUCGAACACAUGGCAUACUACCUGCAGAAAACCUAAUCAAACGCCAUUAGAGCCUCUGAUCAUAAAUGGAUUCAGAACCCCAUGGCAUGUCCUCAGAACCCCACUCCCAACAUUCUGAAUUAAAUCUCGAAGAAGGUCAUAUUAAAGAUGAUCUCCCUCUCCUCACCUCCUCCUCAUCUUCGACUUCCAAACCCACCAUUACCGAUGACAAACCCGGCCCCUCCUCCUCCACACCGGAGCCAGACAUCGAAGAGCUCGAGAAACAAUGCGCUGCGUAUGCCCGACAUGAUAUGUACGGAACAAUGGGACGCGCGAAACUACCGUGGACCCAGAAGGUUCUUCUAGGAAUUGCAAUAAUCACGCUUUUCCCGCUGCGUGUGGUGUCUGCUACGUUGGUUGUUGUGCUGUAUUACUUGAUUUGUAGGGCUUGUACCCUGUGUUUGGCGCCAAACCAGGAACAUGAAGACGAGCAAGACGAUUACUCCCACAUGGGUGGGUGGAGGAGAAGGAUUAUUUAUUGGUUUGGGAGGGUUCUUUCGAGGGCAUUGCUUUUCGUUUUUGGGUUUUAUUGGAUUAAGGAGACUUAUAGAGAUCCGGACAUGGACAACAAAUUCAAUGAUGAGUUGGAAGUCAAUCAUGAAUCUAAUGAAAUUGAAAGACCUGGAGCUAUUAUAUCAAAUCAUGUUUCACAUUUGGAUAUUCUAUACCAUAUGUCUUCUUCAUUUCCAAGCUUUGUUGCCAAGAAAUCAGUGAGCAAACUCCCUCUUGUUGGCCUUAUCAGCAAGUGCCUUGGUUGUGUAUAUGUUCAACGGGAGUCAAAAUCAUCAGAUUUCAAGGGCGUUUCAGGUGUGGUGAAUGAUAGAAUUAAUGAAUCUCUUCGAGAUAAAUCUGCACCAUUGAUGAUGCUUUUUCCAGAAGGGACAACUACAAAUGGAGACUACAUACUUCCAUUUAAAACAGGGGCAUUUUUGUCAAAAGCUCCCGUUCUUCCUGUCAUCUUGAGAUAUCCAUAUGAGAAAUUUAGCCCAGCAUGGGACACCAUAUCUGGGGUUCGCCAUGUGAUUUUGCUUUUGUGUCAAUUUGUAAAUUAUAUAACGGUUCUGAGGUUACCACUUUAUUACCCUUCACAAGAAGAAAAGGAUGAUCCGAAAUUGUAUGCUGAAAAUGUUCGGAGAUUAAUGGCUCGUGAGGGGAACUUAAUAAUGACGGAUAUUGGAUUGGCAGAGAAGCGAGUAUAUCAUGCGGCUAUUCAUGGUUUGUUUGCUCAAAGAUAAACUAAAAAGGUUGCCUUUUUGUAUACACCAAAACCUAUUUAUUAUUCUUUUGCUCGGAAACAAGCAAACAAAGAAAAGGAAAAAUAAUAGUGUGAUAGUGAAGUGACGAAGAAGAAAGCAGCAAUAUAUGAUGAUCUUUAUUCUUUGAAAAAUGUAUGUAUGGAAGCGGACUUCAUAUGUUAGCAUCCCAUUCCUAAUUCUUUUUAGGUUUUUUUAAUUUAGGAAGUUGUAAUCACUAAAAAUAUGUUUAAUUUGUUGGAUAUGUUUUUGUUUUUGGCUA